GCCCUUGUGAGUGCCACAUGUUGAAGGGAACAUACAAUCUGUUGCGUGUGAAUUGUGCAGGAAAAGAAUUGAUGUCGUUUCCGUGGAAAAUUCCCCUCACCACAGCAGCGUUGAACCUGAGUAACAACCAGCUGAACGACUUGCCACAAGACAUUUUCAGCAACAAUACUCACCUGAGUUGGCUGAACUUGGGCCAAAACAAGCUUAAAAAGUUACCGCAGGACAUUUUCAGUAACUAUACCAAGCUGAAGGCACUGCUGUUGAACAACAACCAGUUGAAUCAAUUACCAUCAGGCAUUUUCAGUAACUAUACCCAGAUGGAGUUGCUUCUCCAAGAACAUUGUGCAGCAGCUGAGUGGAACGAUUUCUCCACUUUUCACAGUUUUCCAUGAAGUUUGGCUUGUUAAUAAGGUCUUUUAAUGAAUCAGUAACCUUUUUAAAGCAGUAAACCUGCUUAGGAUACAAGAAUGUCUUUCCUGCUCUUGACCUCAUAGUUUUCAUCAGAACGGAACCACAUGGCCUCCUUCGGGCUUGGUAUUUUGUUGUUGACGCCAUAUUGAGAACGGAGUCUGGCCACAAAUGCCACCAAAAGCGCUAUGAAAUCUGCUGUUUGCUCCGCCAUUUCGCCUUCAUCUUUUCAUCUCCGUGUCGAAAAUAGCUUGGUAACCUUUCCUAUUUUGGUUUCUGCGACGUUAUCAAGGGUCGGGGGUCUUCAAGCUCAAUAAUUUUUCUGAGAUUUAGCCAUCUGUAAAUAUCGCUUCAAGUGCGCUUGACAAGAGGUAUGGUUAACGAAAAGGAAGAAAAGCUUGCGAGGAUCAAAGAGUGGAGGAGGAAAAAGCAGGAAAAGAAUAGGCUAAGGAAUCUAAAAUAUAAUGAAAAGAAUCGCAAAAAGAGAGCUGAAUUUCCAAGAGAAAAAUGGUGAUGUGAUCUUCAAGUUGUAAAAAGAGGCAGAAAGUCAGUUUUUAGAAUGCCAGUUGAUCUCACUAGGGAGAUACUAGCCUCCAUGUAAUACAAAAUGUUAUUAUUUCUACUUUUUACUGUGUCAGUGAACUCGAAAUUGAUUAUUUGUGAAAAAGACCACACCCACAAGGGAUUAUGGGUAAAUACAAAUUUGAAUCAAA